GUCCGAGCCCAGAGCUCCCUCCACUCCCCUCCCACGCAAACAGACCGUCUCCGGCAUUGCCCGCCGCCCAUGCCGCCGCCGCUGCCGCCUCCUCCUCCUCCUCACCUUCUUCUUCCCAGGACCCUCCACCUUCCACCGCUUCGCACUACGCUCAACUCGACUCGCACUCGCAACUCUUGCAUUCCCACAAUACUCAUCACCAACCUCACUCCAACUCGCACUCCUCCUCUUACUCCCACAAUCAUGACUCGCAUCCCUCGCAUCAGAAUCACUUGAAUCACAAUUCCGAUCAUCAAAAGCGCACACCAUCCAAUGUCUGGAUGUCAUCCUCUCACUCUCACUCUCACUCUCUUCCUCACAACGACAUAGGCGACCCAUCCUCGCCUUUAAACAACAUGCGUCACGCAGCUGCAGGUCUCGGCACUGCAAACAUUGGUCUCGGACCCGUCCUCCUCGAUUUUAAAGACUGGGUAAAGGCGGGCCAGUCCAGUCGAGACGCUGCCAGCACUGUUGUCGCUAGUGGGAGUGGGAACAGGCGCGAGUCCCACGUCCACUCGGACCCCCAGCCCCACCGCCAUCAUCAGCAUCAUCGUCACAACCACGAUGCUCACGAACCUACACAGCCCCAACCUCGCAACUCUUACGGCUCUGCCUUCUCCAGCAGCAAUCGCUCUGCAGAAGCAGACUACAGCGGUACAAGUGUGCGAGAGUCUUACUCGUCAUAUGGCGGGGGGUCAUCCGAGUACACACCUUCAUCACCUCACGCGCCCUAUCGCUCAUCACCCAUUCCCAGGUCCAUCCCCACCCAUUCUCUACCUUCCUCCAACUCGAGAGCAUCAAUCUCCUCGCUGAGCAUAGACUCGUCGCACAGCCCCAAGAUCCUCGGUCGAGCCGCGUCGCGUCUUUCCGAUCGUCCACUGCAGUCCGCAGACACUCCCCUUAGGACGACCGCCGGGACGACACCAAGGAACACGUCCUAUGAGUUCCAGCGCGAGAUGAGCCGCCUCAGCUUGCAAAGCAGCGGGCAUGCGUCACGCAGCUCGCACCAUCCCAAUCACCACCAGUCGCCGCUCGGCUCGCCUGCGCUCCUGUCAGAAGCUGAGUCACCCCUGGCAGCUGACCGCGCACAUCGCCAGUCGGUUCCGGCGCAAAGCCCUCUGGAACGGCGGUUCUCUCGUCGGCUCAUGUCCCGCCACGACAGCCAGAGUAGCAAUCUGGUGGCAAGCGAACGUGACGAGGAAGAACCCAUCGAAGAAAUCAGUCCGGCGCGCGAAUCGCUUGAUGAGCGAAUACGCGAAGCAGAGGAGCGAUUGAGCCGCAGGUCGUCGCUACGCGAGUCUCCCCAGAGGCCGGUGUCUACCCCAUACCGCAACAGGUUCAAUACGACCUCGGCCGGGUUGCGCGACACCGUGUCGCCACCGCUUUCCAACGGCCAUGGUACUCCACAAGACCAGGCUGGCGGCAGCGCAUUGCAAAAUGGCUCAUCCACCCGGUCCGCACGAAUGCGACCUUCGAUCCCAGCAGAGUUUCAGCAGAAUGGCCGCCUGCACCAGUACACCCCUUCCCCCGCUGACAGCCGCUUCAGCGGCCUUGUAGACAUUGGGUCUCCGAGGUCCCCCCUUUUCCACCAACAGGAAGAGCGAGAGGAAAUAGUGUCUCCGCGCCGCGCGACCAUGGCCGCUUAUAACCGCCCACAGACCUCGCUCGAACACCGGGAUGGUCCUAACCCCUUCAACCCUCACCGGAGUCGGAUGUCGACCUCACGGACAUUCUCGCGCGAUCUCGACGCCCAGCCCCUGACACCCGGCGGUCGUCGCGACCUGCCGACUCGCGCGCGUCCUGAAAGCGUAUUAGAGACGUCUGCAGACCACCAAAGGUACCACACGCACGGCCACGGCCUUGGCGCAUCUCGCCGACUGAGCCAGUAUGGUGACGGAGGGGAGCGCUCCCAGCGGCUUAGCGCUCUGCUUAGCAGCGACAGAGACUAUAACACACGCCAUUCUCGGGACCUUGGCGCGCAAUUUGGUCAGCGACGUGAUUCCCUUUAUUCCCGUGACUCGGUGCACUCCCCGCGCGAUAGCCUGUACUCGCAGCGGGACUCGCCGCGCGACUCUUUGUCGUUGUCGAAGCGUCAUUCCGUGUCGCAGCGCGACUCCUUAUCAGGGCAGCGAGACUCGUACUACUCACAACGCGGCUCGCGCGACCUUACGCGGGAGUCACUGCGGUUGGGAGACUUCGGGCCGCGGCCACACACUCGUCAAGAGUCACGCGAGGUCCGCAGCAUGGGUAACCGACAGUCAAUGGACUUCCCACGUGAGUCGCGUGAUGGUUCUCACCGCGCGCCACUUGCACCGAGCGACUCGGUAUCUGCUGUUGGCUCGCACGGUGAGAGCAGCGCGCCUCGCGUCGAGAGUCGCGCCUCGGUUGAAACACCCCGGCGUGACCCUCUCGAAAUCAUACGUAGGCUCGAGGAGACUCGAUCAAAAUCAAAUCGGCAAUGGGAGGAGGACCGCUCGGCGUCAGCGAUGGGCAAGUACGGGGAGCGCGAAAUGUUGGCACGUGUCCCGUCCCGUCUCGACGAUGCGCCGCAGUCUGCGCGCCCGGGGUCGAGAAUGAGCGCGUCGCGCUUAGGACCUCGCCCUGCGUCUUCCAUGUCCUCCGUGCGUGAUUCGAAUCAUAGCGGGCCCACUGCGCCGCGCACGGCGCCGAACCUCCGUCGACGCUUGGAUUCUGGGAACUCUUCCAAUCUCGACAGCCCGCUGGCGGGCAGGACUAGCCGCGCAUCGGGGUCUAUGACUGGCCCCAGCAGCGAGCCUCGCGUCGUGCGCCGCAGCAUGACCAGUCAAGGCGGACGGAUAUCUGCAGGUGGCCGUUCAGGCGCCAGCAGCGAUCAAGCAUCAACGGACCAUGGCCGCAACCUUGUUGAUGCUGCGCGCGUACUCGAGCAACGUGGCGAGAUCCCCGCAGAGGUUAUCACCAAAUUGUCGGCGGCCGCAGCUUUGGCGGAGAGAGCGAAUGGUGGUGUGCGCGCGGCAAACCAGAUGGCUACGGAACUCGCGCUUGAGAUUGAGCUAGAUGAGCCCGAUCACAUUGAAAGCGUGCGCAAACGGUUCCCUCGUUUGGCUGUGACACUCAAGGAGGCGAGUCGCGCUUCGGACCAAGCAGUGCGCGAUCUCACCCAGGCACUGCUUGCCGCGCGGGGAUCGUCGUCGGCCUCCAAUACUCCAGCCCGACCUGGUUCCAAGAUGGAGCGACCUCGUGCACAGGCCGAGGCAACCCAUCGCCGUGCGAUGACACUUGACUCGCCUGGUCCAGCCGCGCAGACCCGUCACAGCCCGUCAAUGUCGCACUCUGCUAUCAUGUCCUCGCCACUCAUGCAGAGCAGCAAGCCGUACCAGCCCUCGGAUCGGUCUGAGCCAUGGACUCCGCAGACAUCUCUAAGCAGGCUUGACCCCCCGCUGUCGAGUACAUCGUCGCGCUUCGAGACACACCACCUGGACCCGAUCGAGCAGAGCCCGCCUCGUCCAGCUCGUGAGCAUGGCUCGCAGCACAGCUCGCCCGCCGUUGGGCUGGGCAUCUCGACGCCGUCUGCGGCUUGGGAGGACCGCCCGCCGACUCCGGAGCGCCCGGCGCCGCCCGUGCUCCGCAAGCAGGCGAGCACACUGAGCACGCACACGGUGCGUGGCAACUCGUUCCUGCCGUCGCACCCUCCCGAGCCUACCACGGCGCUCAGCAACUUGCCAGCUUACAGCACUUUGGUGCCGCAGCUUCCUGAACACCCGGAGGCUGAUGGCGCCGACGAGCCAACACAGGAUAAGCAGGAGCGGCCGAGCUUGCGGCUCAAGGAGCUGCCGCAGCGCGAAAGCGUGUCGAGCAUUACGAGCGUCUACUCGAACCCGGAGGAUGUGAACUGGGGCAGCGGCAGCGACAUUGCGCGCAUGGGCACGUUUGGGGCUGCGCAGGGUGCGCAGAUCCGUGCCAGCGUGAGCGAGCGUUUCCGGAAGCAUCUGAACGGGGAGUGACGGGUGUUGUUAGAAUCAUCGGUUGAUCAUCUACAAGCAUAGCAUAGCGUGUCAUUGUCCAUGCAUGGUGUGUACCUCGGAA